AUGUGUUAUGAGCCUGACUUUCAAAAAAUAAAAUUAUUAGCUGCACUUUCAAGCAGCAGGAACUACGAGCCUCACUUUCAAAAGAAAGAGGAGUAUCUCUCUCUCUCGCUCUCUCUCUCUCUCUCUCUCUCCCUCUCUCUCUCUCUCUCUCUCUCUCUCUCUCUCAGCCUCUAUCUAUCUCAAUAUAUUCCUACCUAUCUAUCUAUCUAUCUAUCUAUCUCAAUAUGUUCCUAUCUAUCUCAAUAUGUUUCUAUCUAUCUAUCUAUCUAUCUAUCUCAAUAUGUUCCUAUCUAUCUAUCUAUCUAUCUAUCUCAGCCUGUUCAGUAUCUAUCUAUCUAUCUAUCUAUCUAUCUAUCUCAAUAUAUUCCUAUCUAUCUAUCUAUCUAUCUAUCUAUCUAUCUAUCUAUCUAUCUUGUUCUUAUCUCUGUCUCUCUAUCCUUUUCUUAUCUCACUCUCUCUCUCUAUCUUUUUCUUUUAUAUCUAUCUAUCCUGCUCUUAUCUCUCUCUCUCUCUCUCUCUCUAUCUAUCUAUCUAUCUAUCUACCCUGUUCUUAUCUCUUUCACUCACUCUAUCUGUCUAUGUAUUUAUCUAUCUAUCUAUCCUGUUUUUAUGUCACUCUAUCUAUCUAUCUAUCUAUCUAUCUAUCUAUCUAUAUAUCUAUCUAUCUCCUUGUUUCUAUAUCUCUGUUUAUCUCUCUCCUCUUUUUAUCUCUCUCUUCCUCCUGUAUCUAUCACUAUGUUUCUCUCUCUCUCUCUCUCUCUCUCUCUCUCUCUCUCUCAUUCUCUCUCUCCUAUUUCUAUUUCUCUUUUUCUCUCUUACACCGGUUUCCAUCUCUGUCUCUCUUCCUCUCUCUUGUCUAUCUCUCUCUCUCUCUCUCUCGCUCUCUCCUAUUUCUAUCACUCUAUUUUCUUUCUUCUCUCUCUCUCUGAUUCUCUCUCUCCUGUUUCUAUCCCCAUGUGUCUCUUUCUCUCUCUGUUUCUAUCACUCUGUUUUUUUAUCUCCUGUUUCUAUCUCACUGCUGCUUCUCUAUGA